CAUCGCGGGAAACAUGGCGCAAGGAACAGGCAAUGCUGAUUCUGUGCAGUGUCCUGUAUGUUUAGGUGAUUUCGAAGCGUCAGUAAUCAACGCUCACUUGGACAAUUGCCUCUUGAACGAUGCACAGUCUCAGGCAUCAAAUACCGAUAGAGACAUCGCUACUGAAAGCGGACCACCUCCCAAAAAAUGCCGCAUUUCAAGUGAAAGCGCGUCAGAGAACUGCGAUGCCCCGGCGGGGACAGCAAACCCCGAAAGUAAAGUGCAUCGCGCUGCGCCGUCCUCGGUUUUUACUAUGUUUCAGAGGAACACAGCUCCAAACCAGAGCGAACGGAGCAUGUUUUUCUCCAGCAAACAGACCCCUUCAACAAACAGCAAAGGUGGCAAACGCACUUCUCCAGAGGAGAAGGAUUUAAUUUCCCCUUACCAGCUUAAGUAUGAUGGAACUUCAACGUCGGGCUUGACCCAGACCCCGACCUGUCUACCUGCGCAUUCACUAUUAGAUAGUGGCAAGCCUUUAGCGGAACUAAUGCGACCCAGUAAUCUCGAAGAAUAUUUUGGGCAAAAUAAAGUCGUGGGAGAGAGCACUCUGAUCCGAUCACUAUUGGACUCUCAGGAGAUUCCCUCCAUGAUUCUGUGGGGACCACCUGGUUGCGGAAAGACCACCCUAGCCCACAUCAUCGCCAGCCGCAGCAAGAAGAGUGGCUCCAUUCGCUUCGUCACGCUCUCUGCCACCAGCACCUCCACCAGCGAGGUGCGAGAGGUCAUCAAGCAGUCCCAAAACGAGCUCCGGCUCUGCAAGAGGAAGACCAUCCUCUUCAUCGACGAGAUUCACCGCUUCAAUAAGAGCCAGCAGGACACCUUCCUGCCCCACGUGGAGAGCGGGAUCGUGACGCUGAUCGGGGCCACCACGGAGAACCCCUCGUUCCAGGUGAACGCGGCCCUGCUGAGCCGCUGCAGGGUGCUGGUGCUGGAGAAGUUGAGCGUGGAGGCGAUGGGCGCGAUCCUGCGCCGGGCAGCCGACGCGCUCGGGCUGCAGCUGCUAGGGCCGCCGGGCGUCCGGGGCGAUGAGGACUCCGCAGAGCGCACCAGCGGAUCUGAGCUGAGGGUGUUAAUCGAGCAGAAGGCCCUGGACACUAUCGCCCAUUUAUGUGACGGAGAUGCCCGUGUUGGGCUAAACGGGCUCCAGUUGGCGGUACAGGCCCGGAUCAGUGCCGCCAGGCUGGGGCAGACCAAGCCUGCUGGCACCAGUCAGGACGUCCUGGUGCAGGAGGACCACAUCAAAGAGGGGCUUCAGAGGUCCCACAUCCUCUAUGAUAAAGCAGGUGAGGAGCACUAUAACUGCAUCUCCGCCCUACACAAGUCUAUGAGGGGCUCCCACACCAACGCUGCCCUCUACUGGCUGGGCCGAAUGCUGGAGGGGGGAGAAGAUCCGCUCUAUGUGGCCCGGAGGCUGGUCCGUUUCGCGAGCGAGGAUGUGGGACUGGCGGAUCCCGCCGCCCUUCCCCAGGCGGUGUCCGCGUUCCAGGCCUGCCACUUCAUCGGAAUGCCGGAGUGCGAGGUGAUCCUUGCGCAGUGUGUGGUCUAUUUGGCCAGAGCGCCCAAAUCCGUGGAGGUAUACACGGCGUACUCCAACGUGAAGGCCUGCCUGCGAAACCAGCGAGGGCCUCUGCCCCCCGUACCCCUCCACCUCCGCAACGCCCCCACCAGGCUGAUGAAGGACCUGGGCUAUGCCAAGGGGUACAAGUACAACCCCGCCUUCAGCGAGCCAGUGGAGCAGGACUACCUGCCCACGGAGCUGAGAGGGGUGGACUUCUUCACCUGGGAGCCUUCUGACCUUUAGUCUUGUGUAUCCUAGUAACCCCGCUGUGGCCCCAUGAACCGUUUGGGCCCCACGUAUUUGCAUGUGGCCCCUGGCCAUUAUGCGUAUCCCUGUAAACCAGAGGCUCCUGUUGCAGCCUCUGUGUCUCCUGUGAGUCUUUGAACGCAUAGCCAAUGUACCUGUUUGAGAGACCUUGAAGUUUAACUCUAAGGGCCAGAGGGGGCAAAAUUAUUCACUGAAAUAAGUUAAAGGGCAGUAAAGCUGGAUUGAAAUCAGAAAGAAUAAUACACCGCAGAAUUUUCAGAGAUGCAGGCCACCGUUCAGUUACAACUGGAGGCAGCUUCGAGUCGUAAUCAUAUGCUGAUGUUGAAAUCACAGAUGAGUGGUUUAGAAUCCCUUUCGAAUUGAAUGCAUUACCUUCUGUGUGAAUCUCAAAAAACUGUAUUUUCUGGCAGUAUUUAAUGCUUUAUAUUAAAGAUGGAAAAGAGGAUGUGAAA